AUGCAUCAUCGUUUAUUCUUGUCUUCGCGGACUAUUUAUUCGAUUCGCUUACAUAUUACACGUUUUUCAACAACAUGGUUGAAGUCACGACCAUUUUCAUCACUAACUUUGCAAGAUGAAGCAACAUUGAAACGGUCUCUGCGAAAUCUAAGAUAUAGACUAAAAAGAGAAGACGUUGUAUUUUAUAAAGCUCCAGAAUCUACGAAUAAGUUUUCGUGGGCAUUUCAUGGUGUUGCUGUUGUACAGUUUAUCUUUUGGACGAACAUUGCUGAUUUGUACUGGAGAUUAUCACUCAAAAAUGAGAGGGAACCAGAAAAGUUUGAAAGUAUUCAAAUCGAAAAAAGACUGGUGUACUCGGGUGGCAUGUUACUAGCAGGUUUAGCUACAUCUGCGAGUUUGAUUCUAAUUCCCAGCCGGACAAUAACUCACAUUAAGAUAUUAAAAGGAGGAGUUCUGGCAGAGUUUGAAACAGGGAGAAAACUCUUGCCAAAUCGGAAACGGGUUGUUCCCGUGAAGAAUUUGUAUCUGCGUCAGAGACUGUACACCAGAGAAGGGGAAACCGGAUAUGACAAGAAGAUGUCCUUUGCCAAGCCAUUAUUAUUGAGAGAAGAAGGUAAGCGGAUGCCAUACUUUCUGGAUAGAUCAGGAGAAUUCUAUGAGCCAACAGCGUUUGAUGCUAUCUUUUGGGCCAAAGAGACAAGAAAUAAAUGA